AUGGGAAUAAUCGAAAAGUCCGCCCACAAAACAACUAUUCAACGUACAGAAACAUCGCAGAUCCGCAUGGAACGCCGGGCCUUGGAUGGCAAAAGUACCACCGAGUAUCGUACCUUCGAAUGUGUUAACCAGGAUACAAAGCAAAGGAAUGUUGACACUUUCCAGUUGAGAGAGGAGGAUCUCAAAGUCGUUGAUUUCAAAGAAACAGAGGACAAGCUCCACGUUAACUGGUCCGAUGGCCACGAGAGCCAGCAUCCUCUGUCAUACCUCUCCUGCUGGUUCAAAGGAGCGUAUGCCGAAGAGUUUGGCAAAGAUCAUAUGAUCCGAUUGUGGGACUCAUCCAUUGAGACUCAUCCACCCUCAGUUCCUUACAACCAAUUCUUCGUCGACCAUGGUUGGGAAGCUAUCGGUGAGCUUACAAAAAAGAUUCGUAUUCACGGCUUCUGCUUCGUAACAGAUGCACCAGUCUAUCCCGAGUCCACGGAAGAUCUCCUAAAGCGCCUGGGUCCGAUCAGAAAUACACAUUAUGGCGGCUUCUACGACUUUACGCCGGAUCUUGCUAUGGCUGAUACAGCGUACACAAACCUCGCUCUGCCAGCUCAUACAGACACUACAUAUUUUACCGAGCCUGCAGGCUUACAAGCAUUUCACUGUCUCUCACACGAGCCAGCUCCGGGUGAAGCGCUUGAGGAAGGGGAGUCUCUAGGCGGAGAGUCACUCCUUGUUGACGGCUUCAAAGCUGCUGUAACUCUAAGAAAGGAGAACCCUUGGGCUUUCAAAACUCUUGCCCAAGUUGAGCUGCCAUGGCAUGCCAGCGGUAACGUAGGAAUAUCUAUCUCUCCAGACAAAGUGUAUCCUGUCAUCGAGCAGGAGGAUGGUGGGCAUCUGAAGCGAAUUCGUUGGAAUAACGACGAUCGUGGUGCUGUGAAUCCCUAUGACGCCAAGAACUGGUACGCCGCGGCUCGAGUGUGGAAUGAGAUACUGCGCCGCAAAGAGAAUGAAUAUUGGUUCAAGUUAGAACCCGGAAAGAUCGUCAUCUUCAACAAUUGGCGAGUUUUGCACGGCCGAAGUGCAUUCAAGGGUAUUCGGCGAAUCUGCGGCGCCUACAUCCCUUAUGAUGACUUUGUGUCUUGCUACCGGGUGACAAACACCCCAGGAGGUCGGGUCGCUGGACGCAGCUACAACAACAGAACAAGGAUGGGUUAUGGUCGGGGCAAGAACUACAAAGAGAUUACUGAAGCUCCCAAACACGAAGCGCCUGUCAUAGAGAAAAGUUGA